AACACAUACACACAACUUUUGCUUAAAACGUUCGGCAGUUCAGCUUUGGAUGGUAUCCAGUAUCUGUGAGAAUGUGACUUCAUUGGUCGAUGUCAUAAUCUAAACACUUCUAUAAGAUGUAAUCACGCUAGAAAACUUGAUUAGUGAAUGUGUUUGAAAUUAUUUCCCACUUUUUCUCAAUUCUGUGGUAACUUCAAGAGAUAUUUUUGAUUAUCGAUCAGUGGCGCAUUUAGAGGGGGCGAGGGCUCCACACCCCCAAGACCCCAAAUCUGCCAUUCUUAGAAAAAUGGUAUAUAUUGCUUCCUUGCCAGGCAUGAAUUGUCACACAUGCGCCCCCUAGAUAGAGCCCCCUCCUUUUCAACAUGAUACAAGGGCAUUUCUUUCAGAGGUGUUGCUAAGCACUGAAGCAUGCACCCCCCCCUCAUGGAGAGAGACAUCGUAUAACAUAUUUCAACAAAACUAUGACGCCAGUCUUAGCUCCUUGAUUGGUUUUGGCACAUUAUCGCUAAAAGAAUAUUGUCACAAAAAACUCCUUGGAAAAACUGCGCCUAUGAUCCUGAUCAAGGAAAAUUCCGAACAACCAAAUAUCCUUUCCCACUGAGACGCUGCUAUUAUUGCUCCCCUCCGAUUCAUCGACUGUGAGAUACAAUGUAUAUUAUACCAAAUGAUUGUAUAUUGUCUCUUUUUCCGGUAUUCAAUAAUACGACCUAUUAUUCAUCUGAUUGACACUUAAAUCGUUCAUUCCAGUUGAAUACUGGUUGAAGCUCAUUUAUAACGUUGCAGCGAUAUAUUCCUAUUAUUGUUAAGCAAUAUAUUCUUCCAAGAAUGCAUAAAGUAUUUGCGGCCAACUGUACACGACACCGUUUUACUGUUUUACUCACCAGAGAUAAGAAUACACGUUUAUCUAAACGGGUCACAACGGGAAUUGAAAACAAUAGAAAAACGGUUCACAUGUGCUAGACAGUCAUCGGUGAAUAUGAGAAGGUAUAAUACGUGCCCAUCUUUAGGUCCAGGUCAGCCAGAAAGAAUGCAGAUCCAACUCAAUCAUGCUACUCAAAGAUACAAUUGGGACUGUGGUAUCUCCUGUGUACUUAUGGUACUACAGAAACACCAAAGACAAACGUUUUUGAAUCACUUCACGGAAAUUUGUAAAAGCGAAGGUUUUAACAAAAGUACUUGGACGAUAGAUCUCUGCUAUCUACUGAGGAAGUUUAACGUACGGCACAUUUUUUACACAACCACUCUGGGUGUCCAUGAAGGAUAUAGAUGGAACAGUUUCUACAAUCACAUACUGACGAAGGAUGAAAAUAGGAUCAACACGCGUUUCAAAAAUGCGAAAGCCAAAGGAAUUUUUGUACAAAAAGCCUCUCUGACGAUGGAUGACAUUUUAGGUCAUUUAGUAAAUGGUCCAAUAAUAAUACUGACAAACGCAAAAAUGCUUAGCUGUGAUGUGUGCAAGUUUAAUAAAAUUUCUACGGAGUUGAGAAAAUGCAUUCCAUGGCCGACCAGUUAUCAAGGACAUUACGUUGUCCUUUGUGGGUAUGAUAUUCAUACUCGUAAGGUGUUCUAUAGGAACCCUUCAUUUGGAGAUCAUGUAUGUAUGAUGCCAAUAUUAAAUUUAGAAAAUGCAAGAAGAAGCUUUGGAACAGACGAAGACGUAAUAUUUAUCUUUAAUUAGGGCUUUUUUUGCUUAUAUUUAUGAAUGUGUAUAUUGUGUAAUGUAUACAUUGAACAUAACAUGAAUACGUCAAUCAAUAUACGAAUUAUACAGAUAUUUCUUCUACCAUUCCCUUGACCUGUUACCUAUACAAACAAAAAAUAUUGAACAUACCUUGUAUAGACGGCACCGAUUUGCAGAACAUCAAAAUAAAGCCGCGUACAG